AAUCCACAAAGCAACUCUCAUAGUGCUUCAACAAGUCGUACUCAUGACCUUUGGCUUCAAGAUGGCCCGCCUCCUCGCUGCAAACAACAUCUCGCUGAAAUAAAAUCCCGUAUGCUUGUCCUUGAGUUUGGUGGCGCUGCCGGGACACUCGCCACUAUUAAAGACGGUCGUGAUCUCAAAUGCCAAGCAGCCCUCGCCCAGAAACUACGUCUGAUUUUGCGUGGCAUACAGAACUAUCGCCGAGAUUGGCAGCUUAUCACGGGGACCUGGUUUAAAUUCUCCACGGACGUCAAGCUCAUGCAAACGGAAAUCGGAGAGGUCUCAACCAUUCUAUCCACAUCGCGGCUCCUCCUAUGCUACAGAAACACAAUCCCAUCUCCAGCGUUUAUAUCACUGCCAUGGGUGCGACUGUCGGUAAGUUCUGCAGAGCUGUAUGAUGCCAUAAUCUGCACUCUCAAUGCUGCAUUAUUGCAUACGUGCGAGCUCAUUACAGGGUUGCGGAUGCUAUGAAGAGAAAUUUGGAAAUCACAAGAGGCGGCAUGGCAAGUGGGGCCGUCAUGAUGGACGAUAAAGUCCGGGAGGACUAUCGAAAGAGGAGCUCGAGGGCUCUGCGAUCCAACCAGUUGCACGGUCCGUGGAAAUGGUUGCAGAUACCCUCACAGUCAGUAAAGUUGGUUUCUGUGUAGGAUUGCAAAAGCGUCCAGAUUAGCUAUCACUUAUCGUU